CCCUCUGAGCUUUCCCCCUCUGAGCCCUCCCUCUCUGGGCCCUCUGCCUCUGAGUCCUUCCCCUCUGAGGCCUCCUCGUCUAAGGUCUUUUCCUCCCCUCCCUACCCUUCCAUUUAUGAAAACCCUCACCUCUCCCCACCCUGGACUUUCGAGAGCCUCUCCAGGCGCGAGCGGGAUGCCUACAUCAAGCACGGCCCCAACUUCCUUGAGAAAUUGGGCAAGAAAGCCCGCAAAAUGGCAAUCGAGGCAUCCCAGGCUCGUGACCGCCUCGCCCGCGAACUUGAGGAAGAGCUCGGCCCGGACUGGUACGACAUCCACCUCGAGGCGACCCGCAUAGUGACUGAGCGCGAGCCCAUAUGGAAGAAGCUUUGGCCGCUCAACAAUAUCUGGCGGGAGAACACCAAGAUCAUGAACGGGGUGUUCGAGGACGAGACGCUGACCAAGGAGGAGCAGCAGGAGCGCUAUAAUGCCGCCUCGGAGAAGCGGCAGGCAGCGAGGUUAGAGCGGAAGGCAGUCAAAGAAAGGAUCAGGGAGUUGAGAAGGCAAGUUAGCAAGGAACUCAAGGCGGCUCGCGAGGCGCAGGCAAAGAGUGAGGUUGCUACGGACGAUGGGGAUGCUGCGCCUAAGGCAACGUGAUCCCCUCCCCCCGCCCCCCCCCCCAAAAAAAAAAGAAACAAACAACUAUUUCUGGGUCGAGGCCCAUGGUGAUGGGAGGGAGAAAUCCUCCUCAAAUCCGACUCGCGGGCCCAUGCAACCGCCUGAGCAAGCAACUGUUGGAGCAGCGUGGCCUAAAAGAUCUCCAACACCUCCUGCAUACAGAUGGGCAACAAGCAUCAUGCGUGUUCUUGUUUGGACCUGGUGCUUUUUGCGCUACCAUACGAAACGCAGCGUGCCCUGCAAGCUGUUCCUCUCACUAGCCAGCACCAAGGACCCUUUCCACUGGUCUCAGAGGCUCAGUGCGUGGCACUAUAGAGUGUCAGGAGGGUGACAAAGACUUUUGUACGACGCAAUCGAAACUGAUCAGCUAUGUGCGAGAUGCUACCAGGCCAAUCACUUGUUCUUACAAUACGGGGAAAAGUGUUUUGUCCGGUCACCUGCUUGGAUAGGGAAAUGUGGUGGAUGUACACAAUCUAGGGCGUAUAUUGGAGAGAGAGUGAAGAUUCUACGGCUGUGUGUGUAUAUAAACAUGCCCGUUCCAACGUCAACUUGGCAUGGAGCUUGACGACCAUGCUCCGGCACACACAGCCCAUUAAAAAUACUCGUGCCUAAAGGUUCGACGUUGUCAUUCGACGACGGAUGAUGGUCACUACAAAAUGGGGUUUUCAGGUCGACGGAUACUCAUACCGUGUCGAGGUCUGGGCUAGGUACUAGACGGCAUCACGACAUACAAGUUUGACGGUCCUUGUUAAGCUUUCUAUGCAAAUUUCGUCUGCUACCC